CGUAGCGUGAAGGUGCUGCUGGUGAAAUCGCGCGCGUUCACCACCAAAAAUAAGAAGAAAAGACAGGAAGAUUUUUUGUUACACUUUCUGCUUUCUGAAAAUAUACAUAUUUACAACGGUAGUACUUUAGUAACUUGUGGCGAACGAAGUGCGAGCAUGUAUUUAGAAAUUCGUGUGAAUAAUUACAUAAAAAGUGGAAAGGAAAAAUAAUCCAAAGAAAAUUAUUUAAAGGAUUCAAGAAGAAGUGCUGGAAAUCUUUAAGUGUUUGGUGGAAAUUCAUACGGUACGCCAAGUGAAAAAUGGCUUUUGUGAAAAUAGUAUCGUUGACUAUCAAUUCGUGCAUUUUUCGUAGCAGUCGCACUCGAGGUAAUGCCAUUUACCGCAACGUUCGGAGCAAGAUCCGCCAAGGAUGUCAACGCGAACAUUUGUGCAAAUGAGUUAAAGUGCCGCAAUUUGGUGUUGGCCCAUUAUAACAUAAGUACUUAUAUAAGAGCACAGUGGCCACAAGCGCAGCGUCGCGAACGGCACCCCGUGCGGUACUCGUAACGUAAUUUAAAAGUUUAAAAGUCGCAGGCGCCCGUUGCCCCAGUUCAGUUAGCGAGGCGAGGCAAUUGACGCCAACAACGCUUGUCGGUUCGCAUUGUUGUGGUUACUAUGCACGUUACACAUGCUGCAAGGGAUGGGUGUCAAACUUUAAGCAACAACAGCAGCAUCGACAGCGACAACACGCGCAAAAAUAGCGCGAACAAUCAUUUAAGCAGCCAACUGAAGAAUAACAACGGUAGUUGUUGUAAAAAUAGCAGCACAAACGACAUUAAUAAACGCUGCAACACGACGAGUGACGGCUGCAAUACACAACAUCCGGCGGGCAUACUGCGCCACAGCUGUCACUUACACAAUCGCCCGCGGAACGACAAUCACCCACACUUUGCGAUUGAUAACCUAGAAAAGCAUCGAUUUUUCGACGUUGACGCUGACGUCGACGCUGUGCACAGUAACGGCAUUUGACGCACGCGACAAGUAAUAGACAGUUACCGGAGCCGAGAUAGCGGAGUCGACGGUGUAGCCAGGAACAGCGCCGAGGCAAACGUGCUGUUAAAGAGGUGUGAACUACAGCAGCAACUAGAAAAUUGUGUAAUCGUAGGUUCGCAAAAGUCGCCACUCUUAACACCCGUAUCGCCCGUGCACCUCUCGUCCUGUUUCUCCUCCACUUCCCAUAGUUCCCCUUCGACGUCUUGCAGCCAAUGCACUAUCGUCUUUAAGGCACUGCCACCUCCGCCGUUGUCAGCAUCGACGCAAUCCGUAGUAUUAGGACGUACAUCGUCGCCCCCGCCAGUGCCGCCACUUCGUUCAUCGUCGUUGUCGCAGUGUUGUUCGUCGCCAACACAGUGGCAGCCGUAUCCGCACAAUUUCUCACUGACGCUGGCAGUGUCGCCAGUCGCAAGUCAUGUUAGCUGCAACAGCCGUUGCCCACGGCUCGCAACGACAUCAACAGGAACGACAAAGGCGUCCGCGUAUAAGAGGGCGCCGUCGUUGCUCUACAUCAAGCAAGCAGGCACCAAUAGAACUUGCCGAUUCUGCGACACAACCGACGAGUACGACGACCAAGACCAAGACGAAGUUAACAGUUCUAAUAACAGCAUAAUGGUCUUGAGUACAGAAUGGUCUCAGGUGGAAGUUAUCGAUCUGGUAAAUGAUGGUAAUGGCUUGGGCUUCAUAUUGGUCGGUGGACGCAGCACUGGUGUUGUAAUAAAGGCGUUGACGCCCGGCGGCAUUGCGGAACGUGAUGGUCGUUUGCAAUGUGGUGAUCAUUUGUUGCAAAUUGGCGAUGUGAACUUGCGUGGCUUCAGUUCCGAGCAAGUAGCAACGGUUCUUCGUCAGACUGGAGCUCAGGUUCGACUGAUUGUAGCGAGGCCGGUGGAGCCGACAGCCAUCGAUUUACAAACGUUGGCCAGUCAUGCGCCAAUUAUUCCAACUAAGCUCCUCUCCGACCCAGAAGAACUGUCACGGCAUCUCUUUCAAAAUCCCAGCUUUGCUACUAGUGCUACAGGCGUUGGAGUUGGCGGCGGCAGCGGCAUGGGCGGCAGCUGCUUCCUGCCAACGCCGGACACUGAACUAGCCGAUUUGCCACUGCCACCCAUACCAACUGAUUUAACAUUAUCUGCAUCCGCAGCGGCGCGCGCAUGUCCCAAGGACUUGGACAUCGUACCAUUCUCGAUUGUAUCACCGUCACCGCCACCCCUUUUGCCUCUACCAUCCCCGCCAAACACAAUAGCAACGACACUCGGCACAUCGGUUACAUUGAGCUCACUACACCAGCAGCAAUUUGACAUUACCACCACCAACACAAGCAGCACCAUCAUAAAUUACUCAAAAACCACUCAGUUGGAACAAAUUGAGACUGUGAUAGCUGGCGUAGAUGCCGGCACCUCAACGAAUGCACCGGAUGCAGCGCAUAUUGACGCCGAUCGCUGCUCCACGGCUUCAUCGAAUUACAUCGAUUCACCCGAGACAGAAGCGUAUGAGGUAGAGUUGCAUAAGAAUGUCUACGGUCUUGGCAUAACUGUAGCCGGUUAUGUUUGUGAAGAGGAGGACCUUUCGGGUAUAUUUGUGAAAAGUAUCAUAGAAGGCAGUGCCGCAGAGGUGAGUGAGCGCAUACAGAUCAACGAUCGUAUCGUUGCUGUAGACGGCCGUUCACUUGCGGGCGUUACCAAUCAUCAAGCGGUGGAGAUACUCCGUAAUACUGACAUCGAAGUCCACCUGACACUGGAACGCUUCUUGCGUGGACGCAAGUAUGAACAUUUGCAAAAUGCACUCACGGAAUUGAAAGGAGACACGCAAUCACAGAGUUCACUGCCUGCAUCACCUUCGAUUGCAACACUUUCUUGGCUGCCACCACGUUCCGAUGCCGAUUCUGUGGCCACUGAAGGCGGUAUUGUUAUGCUGGAGUUUUCCGACUUCCCAUCACGUGAAACUGUCGACUCUAAUAUGUCUUACAUGCUCGAUCGCAGCGAUCACAGCGGCAUUAGCAGUGCCAAACGGCAAAAGACGCCUACAACGCCCACGGCUACGCACAUAGCCAAUGGCAAAGCAACGCAUAUCAAUGGAAGCAAUGACAAUGACAGCGAUGAUCACGACUCAGCAACGCUGGCUGUUCAAAUGCCGGAUCCAUCGGUGAAACAGCCAAUUGAUGGCCGUAAGAAAUCUGUAAGCUCAGUGACUGCAACGACUACAGCGGUACCGACAACAAAAACGGCGGUGACGGUGACUACAACAUUAACAGUGCCUGCGGUGGCAGCAACGACAACGAUAACGGCAACAACGUUAGCCGCCAAGCCCGCCGCUUCAACUUUAGCCCCGCCCAAUGUGGAGACGCUGAAGCUGACCUGGAAAAGUGAGUUUCCUGAAAGUGAAAUUAUUGUAGCCGAAAUAAAUAAACUUUCAGGUCUAGGGAUCAGCCUGGAGGGCACCGUGGAUGUCGAAUGCGGCAUUGAAAAGCGUCCACAUCAUUACAUACGCUCUAUACUGGAAGAUGGGCCUGUGGGGCGACAAGGCAUACUCAAACCGGGUGACGAGCUACUACAAGUAAACGAAUAUAAAUUGCAAGGACUUAAGCACACGGAAGUAGUUAAGAUACUGAAAGAACUGCCAACACACGUAAAGCUGGUAUGUGCGCGGGGACCCACCGCACCAUCCGUAAUAAACACAUCGCAAAAUCCAGAGGCUUUCGAAACACGCUCUCUACUACCAGGUGGUCAUCAGAGCCUGCAAAAUCUGCUGACCAAAGCACAAUCAGAGAGUUCUCUAUACACAUCGAGCACUGCCACGCUGACCGACCAGCAACGUUCCAAAUCAUUGGAGAACGUUUCGGGUUUGGCGCUUUGGAGCAGCGACGUCACUACCAUCGAAAUCGAAAAAACCGAACAAGGUUUCGGUUUCUCUAUACUUGACUACCAGGAUCCGAUGGAUGCCGAAGGUACUGUAAUUGUGAUACGUGGUCUUAUACGUGGUGGCGCAGCAGAAGCGACUAAUGAGAUAUUUCCCGGAGAUCGAUUGGUCAGCGUCGGCGAACACACACUGCACGGACUCGAUUUGGACGAGGCAGUGGCGAUACUCAAAGGCAUGCCAGUGGGGAGAACCAAAUUGGGCAUUUGCAGACCACUCUCAACAUCGGACAGCAAUAUAGCGUCGCCAGCGGAGGAGGCCGACUCGCCAAGCACAUAGUUUUUAAGGAACUUUUACUAUUUCAUCGCAUUUUCGCAAAUUUAAGUCACGACGCUGCCAAGCGCCCGGAUGAGUUCACUUCACAUCGCGAUUAUACGAACGAAGGCACCUCACAUUCAAGUGGCUACGUUGCUGACUGCGGUACGGUCCGGGGCAGUGUGCGGGCUGCAGUGCAAUGGGAUGUGGUUGGAGGUGGCAACUUGGGUUGUUGCUGCUGCUGCCGCUGCCGCUGCUGCUGACGAACGACGCGAAUCUCUGAAGUGCUGUAAAUAUUUUGUUAUCCAAAGAAAUUACUUAACAAAAUUAGUCUGUAUGUAUUUGUAAGAAUUAGUGCUAAGUAAUUAGUUGUUAGCGAACAAAAAUAAGAAAAAUUGUAAUAAAUAUGCUAUAAGUUCGCGAUAGGAGUGCAUAAAUCAUACAUCAGUUGUCGAAAUAUCAGCACAGUUGCCAUCGAAGACAAUGAAUUAAUCAAAACAUUUCGCGCUCUUUGGAAAUAAGCUUUUCCUUUUACUCAAAAAUUAAGAAAAAUCCUGAAAUUUGAUUUCGAACCCUGUCAAAAUACUAUGUUGCUUUAUUGGUUUAAUCAGUUUCACCAAUUCUCAACCGCCUUACACAUGCUAAAUUGUUACUUCAUUAAGUUUCUUUAAAUGGGGAAGGAAUUUAAAACAAUAAAUGAAAUGGAAAAGUUUACAAUGCUAUUUUUGAAUUCGAGGCUAACACCUUUUCCACUUGAUCUUUCGGCAAAGAAAGUUUUCAUAUUCCUUCAAGACCGUAUUUUAUGCUUUCAAAACUGCAAACUUGCUAUCCAUUGGAACAAUGUAUCUUAGCUAGCCAAUGUUUUAGAAAAUCUUUCACCGAACAAGCGCCAUCUUGUCGGAUAUUGUCCUUUUUCACGAUACUGAGCUUUAUGUUAGGAAGAGAUGAGGCGUUUAUAUCUUAAUACUGAUAGUCGAAAAAGUCCUUUCUUAUUCUAACCAAACUUCAAGUUAUUUAUUUUUAUAUUUAUAAUGAACUGUAAUGAACCAAAUCUAUACCAUUUUGGUCGACCACUUUUUGCC